AUGCCUGGCUUGCCUAUCGAAGCUCGCUUGGAGAAGCUUAAGAGCCUUGGAGUCAACUUUGAGUAUGGCGAACAUGUGCGAAAUGAGGUCGACUCUGAAGAUGAAUUUCCCGCCGUCGUGCCGCCGCAAGAAUCGGGCAAGGAUGCUGCCCGAUACGAUGCUGGCCACGAUGCUUGGAAUUCCACUGCCCAUCCAUCGACGAAGAAGCAGACUAAGCGCGAAGAGACCAAAGAGCCUCCUUUGGCAUCACUAGAUUGUUCGAAGUUCAUUACCGGAGAGCCUGCAGAGGAAACCAUCGACUUUUGCUCCUGGAGAGUCAUCCAGACUUAUCCCGAUCACUUCAUCGGCAAGGCAAACGGACCUCGUGCCAAGCCAUUCUUUGACAAGAUUCUUGAGGGCAGAGUCUGGGACUUUUUCUAUGUUUAUCAUCCCGAGAAGCCUAACGAGAAGCCUCGUGUGAUGGUACCCACGCUCCAAUUUGAAGGUUUCUUAAGGAGCGUCAACAGAGAACUCGGAACCGGUCUCGCAAUUCCAGGAGGAGCAAAUCAAGAUCGCUUCUAUAUGAGGUUUGGCCAAGGAGGCACUCCACGGCCUCGAUAUCUGAAGAGAUCGCGAGAUCAGAAAACUUUUGAAGUGGACAGAUUCCCAGACUUUCAACAAGAAGAUCGAGACAACUUCCUCAAGGCACAUGGCGCCAUUCGACAAGGCUGGGAAACUCUUUGGGGCAUGAUGGCGCCAAAGCCCGCUUCCGCAGACAAGAGGAAGAAUAAAUCGAGAAAGGCCGCUCAAAGCAAGCUGGACCGAGAACGAAUGCUUCACGAGACUCAGGACUUUCUUCAUCUGCGGGGCAACAGCACUCGCGCAGGUGGAGAUGUUGUCUUUGUCUGCAUGGACGUUGAAGCAAUCGAGAUGCCGCCGAAUCCCAUUUCUGAGAUUGGAAUUGCCAUCUUGGAUGUCAGGGACCUUAAUGGAGUGCAAUCAGGGCCCACUGGCAAAGAUUGGUGGCAGUUUAUAAAGGCUUAUCAUCUACGAGCCAAAGAAUACUCGGGCCUCGUGAACCACCGCUUCGUUCGUGGAUGUCCUAGCUACUUCGAUUUCGGAAAAAGUACUUUUCCAGAAGAGGCUGAACUUCCCGAGGCGAUCGAAUCCAUCUUGGAGCCCUAUAUCAAGGACAAGCGCAAGCUAGUAUUUGUCGGCCAUGAUGUUCGCCAGGAUAUCAAAUACCUUUCAAGCGUGGGUUUUGAAGUGCUGGCACUUCAGGGUCUCAUUGAGCAGCUAGACACAAAGGAGAUCCACCAGGCUUGGAGAGCUUCUGAGCAAGGAAAGGGCCUUCAUCACGUUCUCAACGACCUGCUUAUCCAGAGCAAGCAUCUACACAACGCCGGUAAUGACGCCGUGUUCACCCUUCGUGCCCUCAUUGGUGUUGCCAUUGAGGCCAUUAGAGAGAAGGAAGUAAAGGCGAAAGGAGAGGAGUAUACACCAGCCCUGCUGGGCGUGCAACAACAACAGAAACCGGCGAUUGAGGAUGAUCCCUGGGCAUAA